AUGUUUGGCGCCAGAUCUCUAAUACGGAACGGAUUAUUACCACGCUUGACUUUCAAACCAGUCAUCAAACCAUCAAAUAUAUCAAGAAUUCGCUUUUUCCAUAAUUCAAAUCAAAUUAAAAAUCAACAAAAGAUACCGAAUUCCAAAACUACUUCAGAUCCAUCACCAUUAGAUCACCUCACCCGUGAAGAAAUCGCACAGCUUCGUGAACUACAUCGUGCCAAAGAUAAAGCAUAUAAAGAUGCCACAGCUAUAAAUUAUUCUCUUGCGUUAGGUAUAGCAUUUUUAGGUCUUUCAUAUGCCGCUGUUGUUUUGUAUAGAACUUUAUGUGCAAGAACAGGGUUUGGUGGUCGUCCAGUUACAGAUAAAUCAAAAGUUACAAGUGAUAGAUUAAUUCCAGUUGAUAUGGAGAAACGAAUCAGAGUUAGUUUUACAUCAGAAGUUUCAGAUAUUUUACCUUGGAAAUUUGUUCCUCAACAACGUGAAGUUAAUGUUCUUCCAGGUGAAACUGCUUUAGCUUUUUAUAAAGCAAGAAAUACAGGUGAUCAUGAUAUUGUUGGUAUGGCAACAUAUAGUAUUACUCCAGGUGAGGCAUCGCCAUAUUUUAAUAAAAUUCAAUGUUUUUGCUUUGAAGAACAAAGAUUAGCAGCGGGUGAAGAAGUUGAUAUGCCAGUUUUCUUUUUCAUUGAUCCAGAUUUUGCAAAUGAUCCAAGAAUGAGAAAUAUUGAUGAUUUAAUUUUACAUUAUGCAUUCUUCAAAGCUCAUUAUCAACAUGAUGGACAAAUUGUUCCUGUUGAUGCUUCAAAAGAUAUUGAAUUAACCCCUAUUAGUGUUCAAAAAUUAUAA